GUGGCCAUGAUAGCUGCUGUCGGUUUUGCGCGCCCGGUGAGGGUCUGGCUUUCUGCGUCCAUACUGACUUAACGCGACCGAGAAGCGGCGAGAGGAGGCCCUGUCCGCGCUGCACGCUCGCGGAUCCACAACUCGGCAACGCGGCCCGGGCAGCCCCUCGCCGGGGCGGAGACCGGGACCACCGGCCCGGUGCUCUCCGCCCACCGAGCCCGAUGGCGGCGGCCGCGCCCAGGGACCCGGCUCCGGGCAGGGUGACCUUUGAAGACGUGGCUGUGUACUUCUCCUGGGAGGAAUGGGGUCUCCUUGAUGAGGCUCAGAGAUGUCUGUACCAGGAUGUGAUGCUGGAGAACUUGGCACUUAUAACCUCCUUGGGCUGCAGGCAGGGAGCAGAGGAUGACCAGGCACCUGAGCAGAGCGUUUCUGUACAAAGAGCGUCACAGGUCAGGACUUUCUGGACAGUUGUGUCUCCCCAGAAGGCCCAUCCUCGUGAGGUGUGUGGCCAGGACUUGAGAGACCUUUUGCUGUCCAGUGAGCACCAGGCAACACUUUGUGGACAGAAUCUCUACAGUAUUGGGGCACACAAGGGACAGUUGUAUUUCGAUGCAGACCUUCCGCACCAGGAGCCGCACACUGGAGAGAAAUGCUUCAGAAGCAACACGGGCAGAGCCUCUUUUGUGAAGGACUACAAAUUCUGUGUGUUAGGGAAACCCUUUUCCUGUGGGGAGGUGACAUCUUGGCCUGUGAGGGACAUCUUGGCCACCUCGAGAUUCCCCCAGCAUCAGGCCCCACCCAGCAGGGAGACGUCAUACAGGAGGACUGAGUAUGGGGCGUCCUCCCAUGGAAGGAAACUGCAACGCAGCUGGGCAGAAGGUAUGAAGGACUUCAGUUGCAAACACACACUUGCUCAUCACCAGAGAGACCUCACUAGAGAAAGAUGCUUCAUGUGCAGUGAAUGUGGGAAAUCUUUUAGCAAGAGCUACAGCCUCAGGGACCACUGGAGAGUGCACACUGGGGAAAAGCCUUACGAGUGUGGGGAAUGUGGGAGGUCGUUUCGGCAGAGCUCUAGCCUCAUUCGGCACCGGAGAGUUCACACUGGAGCAAGGCCUCAUGAGUGUGACGAAUGUGGCAAAUUAUUUGGCAACAAGUCUAACCUCAUUAAACAUCGGAGAAUUCACACUGGAGAACGGCCGUAUGAAUGUAGUGAAUGUGGGAAAUCCUUCAGCGAAAGCUCUGCACUCCUUCAACACCGCAGUGUUCACACGGGAGAAAGGCCUUAUGAGUGCAGCGAGUGUGGAAAAUUCUUUUCCUACCACUCCAGUCUCAUAAAACACCAGAGAGUUCACUCAGGAUCAAGGCCCUAUGAGUGCAGUGAAUGUGGAAAAUCCUUUACUCAAAACUCCAGCCUCAUCGAACACCGUAGAGUUCAUAGUGGAGAAAGGCCUUAUAAGUGCAGCGAAUGUGAGAAAUCUUUUAGCCAAAGUUCUGCACUGCUUCAACAUCGGAGAGUUCACACUGGAGAAAGGCCUUAUGAGUGCAGUGAAUGUGGGAAAUUCUUUACUUACAGUUCUAGUCUUCUCAGACACCAGAGAGUACACACUGGAUCAAGGCCUUAUGAGUGCACUGAGUGUGGGAUAUCCUUCACUCAAAACUCCAGUCUCAUUAAGCACAGGAGAAUUCAUACUGGAGAAAGACCUUACGAGUGCAGGGAGUGUGGGAAAUCCUUUAGCCAUAGUUCUAGCCUCAUUAAGCACAGAAAAGUACACGCUGGAGAAAGGCUUUAGGAGGACAGUGACUUUGAAACAUUCAUCCGGGUCUUCCAUUUCAGUGACCAUUCAGAUAUUCACGCUGAAACGGCUCUAUGAGUAUCUGAAUGUGGGAUAUUCUUUACCUAUGAGUCCUAACUCCUAAAACAUGACAGUGUCCCCCUCGAUGAAGGCCCAUGAGUGUGGAGAAUGGAAAAUGGCUAACCAAAGGCUAACCUCACCACACUCCAGAGAACUCACAGUCAUGAAAGCCCUUACAAAAGCCUUGAAAAUGAGAAAGCCUUCUAUUGAAGGACUUGACGUCAUAGGAGUUCACAAAUUUCAAAUGGGACAACUACCUUAACUGUGCAGGUAUUUAUUUGAUGAGAGUAACAGCACUGGAGGAAAUCCCUCAUGAAGGUGCCAUUUGCCUGUGUUGACGUUCAUAUAUUCAAACAUCGACAUAAAUCCCAGGUAUGUAGCAGCUGCACUGCAGUCUUUGAACCUGCCCAGGGCCGUAUCCCAGUGUCAGGGCAAUUGCUGGAGGACUAAUCAGCAGCCCGAGCACUUACUCCUUCCCCAUUUUUCUUCUCUGAGGAGAGGGCAUGGAUCUCACCCAGUUUUGUCCUAGAGGACUGUUGGUGAUUUGAAAAGGAGGAUGGCGUAUCAGGGAUGUAUCAUCCUUGUGAAACUCUGAAGGCAUUUCCCCAGCCUCCAAAUCACCAACCCAGGAACAGUCUGCCUCCCAUUGCUCUUGCUGUAUGACAAUAAAGAUCAUAUUUUUUAAGCCACCAUUAAUCUUUUUUUUUUUUUUAAAGAUUUUAUUUAUUUAUUUGACAGAAAUCACAAGUAGGCAGAGAGGCAGGCAGAGAGAGAGAGGGAGAAGCAGGCUUCCCACCGAGCAGAGAGCCCGAUGCGGGGCUCGAUCCCAGGACCCUGGGAUCAUGACCCGAGCCGAAGGCAGAGGCUUUAACCCACUGAGCCACCCAGGCGCCCCAAGCCACCAUUAAUCUUGGGGAUUCUGUUCACUCUGUGUGUGUUGAAAUUAACUGUGUUUGCGGGCAUGAAGGGGUGAAGAGAGUUGUGUGCCUCAGAGGGGACUGUAUGAUGGCAGAAGACAGCUCCGCAGCUUUGACCUAGUUUGCAUGGCUGCUCCAAGGCUUUAAGGAAAGACUGCAGGGCUCCGUGGUCCUGAGUUAUAGCUGGAUGCCAGGAUGUUUUGUGGGGUCACCCUGAAGUGGGGGCUGUUGUUGGUUGUUGUUUCACAGCCUUUAGUGCUUUUGAGCAAAUGGUCUUGUUCUCUUAUUCACAGGGGCUAUUGAUGGUGAAGGAGGUCUAUUCUCCAGGCCCAGCAGCAGCGCCAGGGGCCUUGAUCCCCUGAAUUCUGUAGCGUAAUGUCACUGAUUUUAAGAUUAUAAAGACUAGGGACACCUGGGUGGCUCAGUUGGUUAAGUGGCUGCUUUUGGCUCAGGUCAUGACCCCAGCGUCCUGGGAUCGAGUCCCACAUCGGGCUCCUUGGUGGGGAGCUUGGUGGGGAGCCUGCUUCUCCCUCAGCCUCUGCCUGCCAUUCUGUUGCCUGUGCAGGCUCAUUCUCUCUCUCGGACAAAAGAAUAAAUAAAAUCUUAAAAAAAAAAAAGAUUAUAAGGACCAGGGGAAUGACCGUUGGUCCAGAAACACUGGAUUAAUAGAGAGUGCAGGAGACCAAUAAACAGGUUGCAGUGUACCUGUUUGGGAAGGGCAUGCACAGAGUUUAGGUGGGAGGACUGUGAAGGAUGAGCGGGUAGAGAAAUUCUCAGGACCCCCAGAUGGAUGUAUCUUGUGUAGGGCCUGUCAGGAGAAAGUACACUACUAGGUUUUGUGGAUUCCUUGGUCCCUCUGGGUUGUCCACCAAAGGUCAUGGUUGUGCAUGGCAGCGAAGCAAGGACAGAGACGGGAGAGAUCUCUUGGUGCAGCCAUGAGGUCUUUGUGACUCAGCCAGUAUCCAUGUUGAAUGAACUGGGAAUGCCUUCAUUGCUCACCUGUUUGUACAGAUGUCUUCUGAUGAGGAGAAAGAUGGUGGAGUCCGUAUGGUGGCCAGACCUAAUCUUCUAAAGCGUAGAGAACCCAACUUAAUUUGAACCGUGUUGUUAAGUUUCGGUAAGGUACAAAUGACAUGCAAUGUCCAUCAUUAAAUUGUGCAGUUUGACACUGACUUUCACAUAAGCCCAUGAGGCCAUCAGUCAUGAUAAUAAAGUUUUCCAUCACCCCCACUUUUCCUUUGUGUUCUUUAAUAAUCUGUCCUCGAGGCGGCCAUUGACUUUUCGUCAUAAUCAAUGAGUUUGCACUUUCUAGAAUUUGUAUGAUUGAAGUUGUGAAGUGUUGUGUCCUCCUUUUCCUUGGGUCCCCUCGUGAGACGCAUUUAUUUUACAGUUCAUCAGUGGUGCUUACACGAACAGUUCACUGUAUCUAUGAGAUAUCCAUAUAGCACUAUUUAUUUACUUAUUCAUCUGUUCAUGGAUAUUUUACGUGUUUCCACUUUUGUGGGCUGCAAGUCAGUCUACUGCAGAAGGGGCGCCUGGGUGUCUCAGUCGGUUCCAAGUUCCGACUGCUGGUUUGGGCUCAGGUCACGAUCUCAUGGUUGAGACUGAACCCAGUGAGCCUGGUGUUGGGCUCCGCCCUGAGCGUGGAGCCUGCUUAAGAUUCUCUCUCUCACUCCCUCCCCUCUGCCCCAGCCUCCCUCACCCCCACUGCCCGCCCCCCACCCUGCUUUCCCACGUGCAGUGGUGCUUUCUUGCCCCUAAGUAAACAACUAUUUUAACAUAUGACAAAUGUUAUUAAUGCUCCAUUUUCUCAAUUUGACUCACAAAUGUUGUUUCUUAAGCCAUGUGUAUUGCAGUUAAGAUCCAGACUGUUUCCCAACGCCCUACAGUAGCUGUCUCGCAUGUCUGUUAACCCACGGGUCCCACUUGCCUUGCUACUGUUGGCUGAGGCCCUUGUUCAUUAGAGCUUGCCGCGUCCUGGGCGCUGCUUAUCGAGUCUCGGAGGCUGUCCAGCUGACCACCCGCGCCCACAAUCCUGCACACUAGCUAGUGAGGAGACAGGUGAUGAGGUUUGUCCCCGCAGGCGUGUGUGGUGGUGACUGUCGGGAUGUGGGACAGAAUCUUCCUCUCCCCCGUGGGUCCUCUCCACACUUCACUAUUUGAGACGUGUGCUCACCAGCACCACCAUGCAGUUAAUUCUGCCUCUGACCACCCGGAGACAGCAUCCCAUCGCACGGGGUAAAAGGCUCAGUCCCACAGGAAGACUGUCCCCUUCGCAUGCCAGGCACAAAUCCAGGUUGCCCCCUGUGCCUCAGACUGACUGGCUAUAAACCAGAGGCUCCCAACCCUUGCUCUCACUCCAUUACCUUGCUGGGGUGGUUCACGGAACCCUGGGGAAGUACGUUCACAGGCCGAUGAAGAACAACAUGGGGUGAGGUGCAGAAGGGCCUCCGGUGCAAGAGCUUCUGUCCUCAGGGAACCUCAGUGUGCCACCCCCAGGCGUGUUCACAGACCUGGGGGCUCCUCAGCUGUCCGUGUUCGGGAGUAUUUACAGAGCUUUCAGCUCCAGCUCCAGCCCCUUCCUGGAGGCCAGUGGGUGGGGCUGUGAGUUCCAAGCCUCUAAUCCCCGCCCUUUCUGAUGGCCACGCCCCACGCUGAUUCUGCUUAGGACCCGCACCCUAACACACCUCUUUAGCAUAAAUUCAGGUGGGCUCCAAAGGGGGCUCCUUAGGAAUGACACAAGGUACUCCUAUCACUCAGGAGAUAACAAGGGUUGUAGGCGCUCUGUGCCAGCAACAGGGCACCAGGGACCAAGACCCGAUAGAUUUCUUACACCACAUUAUUGAAUAGAUAUUAAGCCGGAAUGUGAUGUGCACCAGAAAUCAGCUAAGAAAUUACAAAGACUUCCAUGAAAAAAUCUCACCGUGUCAUACAAAAAGCAGAUAGAACCCAUUACAUACAUAUUUAGAAGAGAAAUAGACCGUGUUCUCAAGUAAGUUCACUUGAGAGCAUCAUCUUCACACAAAGUUCAUCCUAACUUCAUGUUUGUAAUUGGGGUGACCAUGUAUGUUAGUUUAUUCACCUUAUUCAAAGGAAAAAGAAACUUACUUGCAUGACAGCAAGUACUUUCUGGAAUUAACACAGGUCAUGAACACAGGAGUAAGGGAGCCCUAGUGGCCAAAGGCCUGUGUAGUCUUCAAAGGGAUUAGGAGGUGCUUAUAAUUUCUCUAAACUAAAUGUUGUGAGAAAAGGGAGGGGGAGAGUCUCUCCUCUUAAUCAACAAGGAGAAUUGAGACUCUCAUUUUUAAUCUGCAUUUCACAUAGCUGAAAACACAGAGGACACCUGACAUUCUGCCAACUGAUGGAUCUACCUAAGAAGAUACCCUACUGAAAUAAUCUCUCAG